AUGGAUCUUUUUUUUGGCAAAGAUAGAGUUGAAAGCUCUGAUUCUGGUUUCAGCUAUAUAACUGGACUAGAUGAUUCAUCAGAUUACGAUGCUAAUGGUUUACCAACUGCUCGUAAAAUUGAGCGUCAUUCGUUUUCAGUCCCAAACGCUACUUCUGAAGAUGGUAAAGAAGAUUCCUUUGACGUCGACAAGUUCUUGACAGACCAUCACCAAUUUCAAACAUUAGAAGAUAUUGAAAAGCAGCUUCAAAACUGGUCGGUUGUUUUAGAAAAAGAACUUGUUGAUUUAAUAAACCAAGAUUACAGCAAAUUUGUCGGUUUAGGAACAUCGCUAAAUUCUGGUCACCCUCGUGUUCAAGAUAUAAAGGUCGAAGUUCUCUCUUUUCAAAAGGAGCUAAAGGUAAUUCAAGCUGUGCUUGACGAAUCCGUCUCUGAAGUUGAUUCAAUGCUUCAAAAGAAAUUUCAAAUUAUGGAAAUCGAAAAUCUUGUUGAAAAUUUAAUUCUUUACAAUGACAAACUUAGUGAUGCUGAGUCCCGAGUUAAAGAAGCCAUUGGCCAACCACACCACCCCCCAGACUCCACCUCGCUGGACACAGCCAAUAACACCAUACGCUAUGACUAUAGCAUUUCAGAACUUGAAGAGCUUGGAGUCUCAGUUCUUGCAUGCGAACAUCAGCGCUCUAAGGUCCCUCGCUCACACCCAUUUGUUGUUUCCGAGAGGUCACGUCUUGUUGCUCUAAGACUACAUGUUACAUCUGUAUACCCUUUGUUUUUCCACGAAUACAAGCAAAAGAUUAAGACAGACAAGAAAUCAAUUGAUUCAGGAAGAAUUUUUGGAUUGGUGCUUUUGUACAAACAGAUUAAGACGCGAAUAGACCAGGACGAGUAUGAACUGCAAAAGGCCUCGAAGGAAGAGCUUGAGAAGAAAAAGGCUGCCGAGCAGUCUUCCAAUGGCUCUAGCUCUUUUGAAAAUGGGCACUUGAAAAAGCCAUCGACUUCUCGAACCCGCAGUAAUAGUCCUGCUGUUUUACGAGUUUCUUAG